UUCACGCCUACAAAUACUUAUCACAUCACGUCACAAAGAUCACCUACAGUUGCAUUGGCACUAAAUUUGGCAGAAACGCAGUGUUUGGGUCGGGGACUGCAUAUGGCAGAGCAUCUGAGUUUGCCGAAACUAAACUGAUUGUCUAGUCUCAUUAUGAUUAUUCCAAUGUGUGAAUCUGUGGAGCUUCCUUAAGAAUACUGCUGGAAAUACACACUCCUUACAUGUACCGCCAUUGUAAGCCAACAUGAGUCAGAACGGACCAAUGCAAGUCGAGAUGAACUUUGACCUGACCCCUACCAAUGGGCCAAUGAGUACGUUCACCCCCCUGAACCACUCUCCCGGUGGAGGCAUUGGGGAGGACAACUUGAACGAUAACUUUGCCAUACAGGAUGGUGACGAUGAUGAUAAUAAUCAGGAGGCAUCUGUUGUGCUUGAAAUGCUGGACGAUGAUGAGAGGUUUGGCUUCUCCGUUAUGGGGGGAAUUGAGGAGGGAUUCCUACCAAAGGUGGAUGAGAUCUUACCAGGUAAGAGUUGUCUGAAUUUGUAGAGAUACUGGUACCUUGAACAUUGUUGUCUGCUGUGAUGUAGUCCAUGGUAUUUUGCCAAGGGCGCCAUUUGCCCCCAAGAUUGUACAGAACUUAUGACAGUAUCACAACAGA